AUGCUCGAAAGCGAGCGCAUCUCCCUGUCGAGCCAGGUCACACGUUGCUACAGCGACAACAGGCGCGCGCGGUAUCAGUCGCACCUCUACAUCAGCUCGUACAAGGGUAUGAUGAAGGAGAGGUUCGAGACGACGCUGGCCAACCAGCACCUGCACUGGAAGGGCGUAAAACUGAUUGAGGGUGAUUACAUCGAGGCGGCGAAGGCGGCAGAGCAGGAAAUGAAGGGACCCGACGGAGGUCAGUUGAUCGAUGUGCUCCAGCCGAGAAAGGGUGCGAAGCCAGCGCUGUUUAGGGACGAGGCAGACGCGACACCACAGGCCGAGGCGGAGCCUGAGCCUGCAGAAGACCUCAAGUCGAUCGUCUAUCUGUCUGCCGAGUCGCCAAACACCCUGGACCGCCUGGAGCCAAACACAAGCUACAUCAUCGGGGGUCUUGUGGACCGUAACCGCGAAAAGGGCUUGUGCCACAGGCGCGCGAGAGAAAGGGGUAUCCGUACGGCAAAGCUGCCUAUCGGGGAAUACCUGGAGAUGGCGAGUCGCCGCGUCCUGGCCACAAAUCACGUUGUAGAGAUCAUGCUCAAGUGGCUGGAGACCGGCGAUUGGGGCAAGGCGUUUCUCGAGGUCAUUCCCAAGAGGAAAGGUGGCAAGCUCAGGGGCUCGGCGGAGGAGGGUGACACCACCGGUGCUGACCUUGAUGACAGCAGACUGGAAGAUGAAGAGGAUGAUGACGAGCAUAGCGAAGAGGACCAGACCACGACCGAGAACAAGAAUGGCAACAAGGGCGCCCUUGAGAGCGACGAGAUGCAGGUAGAUACUGACGCUGUUGCUAAUGCGCCUGCACCUGCCACUUAG